CCCGCGCCGGCUCCGGCUGGGCCUGGGCCUGGGCCUCGGAAGGCAGCCCGAGGAACAAAAGGGCCAGGACGAGGCCCCCGACAGUAGUGCCUCCCUCUCCCCAGUGGGGCCUCGGGACUUGAUGGAUUGGAGGCCCGAGAGGGCACCCUUCUCCACCAUGGAGUGAACGCAGCUGGGCCCCAUUUUUACCUGCCACAGCUCCAUGCGACAGGAUCCUGGCGGUUGCAGUUUUCACAAGGUCUGUUGCUUUCUCAUCUGCCACAGUGACACUCACAGGAUUCCGUAGCAUUGGCCGAAGUGGCGUCAAGCUGCAUUCAUUCAACAGUGUGUAGAUCAGGGCUGCCUUAACAUAGAUCAUGAGCAGGUAAUGCACAAGGAGUGCCACUGGGAAUCAUGUCGGACGAGUCAAUCUCAGGGAGUGAUCCGGAUGUUGACCCGGACUUGGAGCAGGAGGAUAUGGAAGAGGAAGAGGAGGAGGAAGAGGAGGAGGAAGCAAUGGAAGAGGACAAUGAUGGUGACGACGAGGAAGACUUGCUGGAUGAGAAUGACAAGUCCCAUGAAGUGGGGUUCAACAGUGAUCCUGUCCAACAUGGUGAAGAUGGGGAAUGGCAGCGCUCUACUUCAACUACCUCAUCUCAGAGCGAACAGGCAGAGAAACAGUUGCAGAACCAGCACAAGAGCCUGGCCUCUGAGGACACCAAAAAGAAGAGGGCUCAGAAACCUUCUCACAUGAGGAGGAACAUCAGAAAACUACUGCGAGAGGACCAGUUGGAAGCUGUGACAAAAGCGGCCCAGCAGGAAGAACUGGAAAGAAGGAAACGGCUUGAGCAGCAAAGGAAAGAUUAUCAAGCCAGCAUCCCUACAGUACCCAUAGAGUUUCUCCCAGAGGAGAUUGCUUUAAGAACAGCGGAGGUUGCGCAGCUUCCCCCUCAAGUGUUAGCUGAAGAAGUCAUCUGCCUAGACAGCACCAGCAGUGGCAGCGAGGAUGAUUGUAAGGGAAGGCUCCAUGGCAUGAAAGAUGAAGUGAUAGAGCUAAGCUCUGGAGAAGAUGAAGCUCUCCAGAUUGUAGAUAGCAGUGAUUCUGGCAAUGAGGGGGAUGAAGAUGGUACAGAAGAGAGCAGUGGUGCCCAUGUGAAUGAUGCUCUAAAUCAGUUGGAUGCUUCGGGGCAAGUCAUUGUCAACAUCAACCAUCCGCCAAAUGAAGAGGACAUUUAUCUGGCUCCUCAACUUGCACGGGCAGUAAAACCUCAUCAGAUUGGUGGCAUCCGCUUCCUAUAUGAUAAUCUGGUGGAGUCUUUGGAUAGAUUUAAAACCAGCAGUGGGUUCGGCUGUAUCUUAGCUCAUAGCAUGGGACUGGGCAAGACCCUCCAAGUCAUCUCUUUUUUGGAUGUACUCUUCCGGCAUAUUGAAGCAAAAACUGUACUGGCCAUUGUUCCUGUAAAUACUCUUCAGAACUGGUUAGCAGAAUUUAACAUGUGGCUUCCAGCAUCAGAAGCCCUUCCUGCUGAUUAUGACCCAAAAGAAAUGCAGCCUCGUACAUUUAAAGUCCACAUCUUGAAUGAUGAACACAAGACAACAGCAGCACGUGCCAAAGUGGUAACUGACUGGGUGACGGAUGGUGGUGUGUUGCUGAUGGGCUAUGAGAUGUACCGCCUCCUUUCACUGAAGAAAUCCUUUGCUGUAGGAAGAAAGAAGAAAAGUAAAAAGCAGACUGGCCCUGUCAUCAUUGAUCUGGAUGAAGAAGACCGUCAACAAGAACUUUUAAAAGGAAUUGAGAAGGCCUUGUCCCGACCUGGGCCAGACGUGGUCAUCUGUGAUGAGGGGCACCGGAUAAAGAAUUGCCAUGCUAGCACCUCUCAGGCCUUGAAGAACAUCCGAUCUCGACGGCGGGUGGUACUAACUGGCUAUCCUCUGCAAAACAACCUCAUUGAGUACUGGUGUAUGGUGGACUUUGUCCGCCCUGACUUUCUAGGUACCCGGCAGGAGUUCAGUAACAUGUUUGAGCGUCCCAUUCUGAACGGACAGUGUAUUGACAGUACGCCGCAGGAUGUUCGUCUCAUGAGGUAUCGCAGUCACGUCCUGCAUAGCCUGCUGGAAGGAUUUGUACAAAGGAGAGGACACAAUGUGUUGAAAGUUCAACUUCCAUCGAAGGAAGAACAUGUUAUCUUAGUGCGUUUGUCAAAGAUCCAGCGGGCUCUUUACACUGAGUUCAUGAACCGGUUUCGUGAUGCAGGCAACAGUGGUUGGCUGGGACUGAACCCACUGAAAGCUUUCUGUGUCUGUUGUAAGAUCUGGAAUCACCCGGAUGUGCUCUAUGAAGCACUGCAGAAAGAGAAUCUGGCAAAUGAGCAGGACCUGGAUGUUGAUGACCUUGGUACAGCUGGUACCAAUUCACGCUGCCAGCCACAGGGAGUAAAAGGAAAAGCUGAGAACAAUGCGUUGGCAUCACCUGUCGGAGAGGCUACCAACAGCAAAUACAUUCAGGGCAUUGGCUUUAAUCCCUUUCAGGAGAGAGCCAAUCAGGUUGUAACAUAUGAGUGGGCUAAAGACAUCCUGUGUGAUUACCAGACUGGGGUCUUGCAGAACUCACCAAAGAUGGUAUUGCUCUUUCAUCUUGUGGAAGAAAGUGUGAAACUUGGAGAUAAAAUACUGGUCUUCAGCCAAAGCCUCUCCACAUUGUCUGUCAUUGAGGAUUUCUUGGCUAAGAGACCAAUGCCUUCUCCCCCAGGCUUGGAAGCACAAGCAAUCCAUACCUGGGUCCGAAAUGUGAAUUAUUAUCGACUGGAUGGCAGUACUUCAGCUUCUGAAAGAGAGCGACUAAUCAAUCAGUUCAAUGAUCCCACCAACACAUCUGUUUCUCUCUUCCUUCUUUCCACACGAGCUGGAUGUUUGGGUGUGAACCUAAUUGGUGCAAACAGAGUGGUAGUAUUUGAUGCUUCCUGGAAUCCAUGCCAUGAUGCUCAAGCAGUCUGCCGAGUGUAUCGUUAUGGACAGAAGAAGCCUUGUCAUAUCUAUCGAUUAGUUUCUGAUUUCACAUUGGAAAAGAAGAUUUAUGACCGCCAGAUCUCCAAGCAAGGAAUGUCAGAUCGUGUUGUGGAUGACUUGAAUCCGGUGUUGAACUUUACCCGGAGGGAGGUAGAGAACUUGCUGCACUUUGUGGAAGAAGAAUCUGAACCUGCGCAGCUUUCAUUCAGUCCCAUCAAGAUCAAAGAAUCUGUUUUACAGCUGGCCUGUCUCAAAUACCCUCAUCUCAUCACCAAGGAGCCUUUCCAGCAUGAGUCACUGCUGAUUGACCGUAAAGAGCACAAGCUCACCAAGGCAGAGAAGAAAGCGGCCAAGAAGAGCUAUGAGGAAGAGAAGCGUGCGUCCGUCCCCUACACCCGUCCGUCCUAUGCCCAAUAUUACCCAGCCACUGACCAGAGUCUUUCAAGUAUACCUGCCUUCAGUCAGAGGAACUGGCGACCAAGCCUCAAAGGUGAGGACAGGCCAGUGGCAAGUGUGCGGCCUGUUCAAUCCACUCCCAUUCCUAUGAUGCCUCGGCAUGUUCCCUUGGGCAGUAUGGGCUCAGCUUCUGUUUCCAAUCCUGCUAUCAACUUCCCCAUCAAUUAUCUGCAGCGCGCUGGCGUUCUCGUACAGAAGAUUGUCACCACAACAGAUAUAGUGAUUCCAGGUACAAACACUUCAACUGAUGUGCAGGCAAGAAUCAGUGCUGGCGAGAGCAUCCACAUCAUUCGUGGGACUAAAGGGACAUAUAUCCGGACCAGUGAUGGUCGGAUUUUUGCUAUCCGGACCACUGGCAAACCCAAAGGCAGUGACGAUCAUCACAUGGUUCCCUCAGGAUCCCAGGGCUCAUCUCUUGAAUCCACCAGCAAUGGCAGACACAAUUCAUCAUCACCCAGUAAUCCCAACACAGAGGAGCUCACCCGGCCUCUCUCUCCCGACAGCCCCGAAAUUAUCAGUGAACUGCAACAAUAUGCAGAAGCCGCUGCAGCCCGCGAGUCCCGACACAACUCUCCUAGCACCAAUGCUGCACCUGGACUUCCCUCUCGGAAAGACAGCACAGCCUCCUCAGCCACUCGUGGAACUGAACAGCGAGGUGGGGCCCACGGUGUGGCUUCCUCGUCCUCUUCAGCCCUGCCAGCCAGCAGCCAUCACAUUGACAGCCACUCAGUGCUGGACUUACGAGGCAACAAGCGCAAGUCAACGUCUCCAUCCGGACCAGAGGACCAAGCCCACCGGCAGCAGAAGAAGCGCUCACUGCCGGCCACCGUUCAGGCAUAUGAAAGUGGGUACCCUGUCUCUGGUGGUUUUGCCAUGCCCUCUGUCCCUUUAAACCACAACCUCUCCCAUCCAUUUGCUCCCCAAGCAGGCAACUCCUUGUACAUGGGCACGGGCUCCUCCUAUUACCAGCUGCCUAGCUUGCUCUCAGACCCUCAUCUGGUGUUCCCUGUGACUACUGACCCUCUGCUGACAGCUGGCACUGCUAGCUCCUCCUCCGCCGCUACCUCAGCCGCCGCCAGCGUCCCCUCUUUCAUGUUAAACCCCUCCAUGACGGGGAUGCUAUCCAACUACUCGCUGCCCUUCACGCAGUCCCUCCUGCCUGAGCCCAGGAUGUUUGCUCCUUUUCCGGCCCCUGUCUUGUCCAGCAGCCUUCCCAGGAGCAUGGCUUCUGCCUACCCUGGCUUCAUUUCCCCCCAUUCGGGAUAUCCAGCUGGGGGCCUUCUUCGGUCCCAGGUGCCUCCAUUUGACACCCAUGAGGUCUCUGAGGUGGGCUGCAGCUCCAACGAGGAGGAGGACAAAGAUGAUGAUGUAAUAGAGAUCACAGGGAAGUAAGGAGCCUAGUCUUUUCUUUUAGAUCUCAACUCAGCCAGGAGGCCAUAAUUCCCCACUGGACCUUUUUGGGGUCAGGAUUUCACAUCCAGGACACACAGCAGAGGAGGAGGAGUUUGGGAAGGAGGUGGUAUCAUGAGUUGUCAAAGAUCUGCUCUGUGUGGGAAACUAUUGAAUGAACACCCCAUUUCCAGGUGUGGGGAAACUGGACAAUUGGGGGAGAGUGAGGGAUAAUUGCAAACCAUAGGAGUGCCUCCUUGAAUUUCCCUCACAUGGUGUCUGUAUUGUCCAAAAGGGAGGCCUGCCAUUACAUUUCAGUGCCCUUUAGUAGGCUGGAGACACUGGGUUGAGCUUUUACUUUGUCUGUGGAAUAACUCUCACACACGAACUGCCUUAUCUGUGAACGUCCAUUACCCCAUUAAUAAGUAGGGGGUGAGUUUGUGCCCUAGGAGCCAUGAUAAUGAUGAAAAAGAAGAAUUUUUUAAUGGAAAACAUUAUUAUUGGAGGGAGGGAAGUGGAAUGGGAAGGAGCAGGCAUUGUGUAAUGUAUAGAUGGGGUGGGAUUGGGGCAGGUUUUAUGUGGAAACCAAGUUUGUCUUUCAUUCUGCCGAGAGCUCAAGAAAGCUUAGCCUGGUGGCCUUCUCUAGGCCCCUGUGGCAUGAUGACAGGAGCUGGGGAGAAGCAGCGCGAAUAUGGGGCUCUCCUGCCUCCUUCCCGGGAGAUCCAUUCAAAGGCAGGCCCCUUUGUUGGCUCCUGUUCAGCAGGGUUGGGUGGGGACUUUUAAGAGUCUUUUAAUGAGGUACUGCUUGGUGGGGUGAGCGUGAAGGCUCUCUUAGUUUCUUCUCUCCCUUUUUCUACUGAUGACGCCCUCUGUCCAUGGCCCCCAUCCCCAAUGCUGAGGGAUGUGGUCACACAUGUUGGGCAGGAGAAAGCUUAGCUUCUCUUAACCUUGGGAAAAUGUAACCCCUCAGAAAAGGGAUGAGUUUUGAUGCUGCCUGUGUUUUUACUGACACUGUGAUUGGACUGUUUCCGCAGAACUGCUUUGUUAAUUUAUUUCAUGAAGGCAAGCUAUUUAUUUGGAAAUUCUCACCUCUUUUCUGCUUCUUCCGUGCUGAAAACAGCAGCUUUGGCAGAAAGCUGGAUUUGUUCACAGAGUGAUCCAUUUAAAGAAGAAGCAGGGAGACAGCUAGACUGCUUGGUCAAAACAGAGGUAGCAUGCAGGAGCAAGACAAACUGUCCUCCCUUCAGACUGUUUCCACAGCCUUGGACUGUUGGUGCCUCUUUGAGCAAACAAGUGGCAGUACUGCAACAACUUAGUUGACGAGUUGACUGGAUCUGUGCUUGUUUUCUUAGCAACGGACCAUGUGAGAUUGUAAAGCUGAUUGCCAGCUGGGUGCCCCCAUUUGUUAGAGAGAUUGGUUUCUAAGGCAGGUUUCCACCAGGCCAGUAGUUCAUCAGCAGGAACACUGUGCUUUUCUGGAGAUAAUGGUCAUCUCUGCUCUGUGGCCAGGCUCUGGUCCAAGGUUACUCCACAUAGGCUGCCAUAGACGUGUGUGAGGAGAAAGCUCUUUCCUCAGACACUUAAACUUAUCAAAGGCUUAAUGAAGAAAGGAAGUUGCAGGUGUUUGACAGAGGAGUCAAUGUCUGGUUGGCUUUUUGCUACAGCUGGGUGACAAGAUACAUAUGGAGAAGGGGAGUGCUUUUCAUAGUUUUUAUUAAACAAUGCUUUCACUCUUCAAAAAAAUUGAAAUGCCAUUCCAGGGAAAGGGGAAGGGACACUGCUUGGUUGUGAUGCAUUAUCCGUGGUACAGAGUCAGUGAGAGUGGCUGCCAGAGAUUUGUGCUAAGUAAGCUUUUCCAAGAGAAUGGCUGAGACCCAGUUUUCACAUUAUCUUUGUUUGGUAGUUGCCAUAAAGAAAAAAGAGAGUGGUUUACUAAAUCUCAGUCACAGUCUUAACAGAACCCUUUUGACCCACUUAAUUUAGCCAAGGUAAUCUGAGAAUGGAACAUUUGUCCACACUGUUUUAAUCAUAUAUCAAGCCCCUCUAUUUUAAAGGUAGUGGCUAGGUGUUAUCUGUGGAUGGUUCUGAAAGAGAGCUCUGUCUGUUUGUCUCUGUCUGUCUGUGUGUCUGUGUUUGCACGCAGUUGUGUGAAGAAAUUAAAACACGAAAUGUUGGGCUUUUCUGACUGUCUUUCUCUGCUUAUUGGCCACUAUCUGUCAGACCUAACUUCACCAUUCAUAGAAGCCUUAGAUUUACAGUUAGCUAUGCAAAUUACUUUAAUCAUUUUAAAUAAAACAUUAAAAUAGUGCUUUCUUCUUUAACAUAUCCUAGGAGUUGAAAACCGAGGGGUUCUGAGCAAACUUCUGGACAACUUGUCUUUGGAUGCACCAUGGGAAUAAAAAAAAACCAAACACAAACCCCCACAAAAAUAACAAAGCAAAUUAACUGAUGGUGUCCAUUCGCGUUUCUCCAAAGACUUGGCCAUGGUACGUCUGUGAAUCAUGCCCUUUUGUGAUUUGUAUUUGUCCACCUCAUGCAAAAUAUGAUGACACUGAUUGUACUGUAAACUCACUCAGAUGUCUUUUGCAACCCGCUCAAGUGGACUCGGGGACCGGACGUAGGCAGGGAGUUCCUGCUUGAGCCGCAAGGAGUCAAAGCUUCUGAAACCUAAGCAAAAUUUUGGAGAAGGAUAUUGUUUCUUAAGGUUUCAGGCAAACCCAGUCUCUUCAGUGUGUGCUUUUUUGUCAGCAUAGCAGAUAACAUUCUGAGACAUCCUGCUAGUUCUUGUUUUGGUUUCAACAGAGUAAUGAAAUCAACAGACAGACUAAGGUCUUGGUCACUUCAAGCAGUGCUUUCUGAUUCUCUUGUUCCAUUUUAAGAAUGUACAAAGUCUCAGGAAGGGUCACUGGAUUACGCAGGUUUAAACAUGUCCUCUCUGCAGUUGGUGGGAAGCUUGGUUAGCAGAAUAGAUGCUUCUGGAACUAAUGAAACCAGGUAAUCAUCUUUUAAAUAGGAAUGAAAGAUAAGAUAGCUACUUAGCUCUAGGAAAUGGUGUACACUUGUAAUUUACAACAUUGGCCACUGGAUGGCAGUGUUGCAUCACAUGGAUUAUUUAGGUUUAAAAUACCUUAUUUUAAAAAAAACUUGUUUUUGUACUUGGUAAGAAAACUAUGAAAAUGUUGUCUGUCUGUGCACCUCUCUCCCCCUCCUCCCUCCCUCCCUCCCUCCCUCCCUCCCUCUCUCUCUCUCUUUCUCUCUCUCUCUCCUAAUCUUUUGUUAGAAUGCUUGAGAACAUAUUUAUACCACUGACAAACUCUAUCCCAAUUCCCAGUCUCUCAGUCGUACCUUCAUAAGCCAACCACUUUCUGUAAAUUUUGGAGAGAAGUACAUUUUGGGGACAGAUGCCUCUUCUUCAGCAAGUGCCUGAGCUGGGUCUCUUUCCCACCUAUAGGAAUUUAAACUGAUUUGUCUCCCAGAGAUCAAAACUGUUACAUACACAUACCCAGUCCUUGCCAAGAGAGAAUUAAAUUAUUUUGUCUCUACUCUAGCAGGCAUGGAAAACCUUAUCCGAAUACUCCAGCUCUCCCACAUGAUCAGCAUCCUCCGGGAAGCUGUAGGUUUCUAGAGGUGAGACUGGUUACGUCUUUGGUCCAGUGCUCAUUCCCCAGGAAUGUAGUGACCUCUCACAAGCAAUGUAUUUAGUUUGCACUGUGGUGGGAUCUGUCUCUAACCAUAGCCUCUGGGCACUGCUCUUAGUUGAGUUCCUGAGACUUAACUCUCAUGGGCUCUGUUUUGGGCCUGUAUGACUUGCACUGCUUAAUUUCAGGCUACAAAUAACUGAAGAAGAAAACCCGUGGCAUUCAGGUUUGUACAUAUGCUGACAUGGAGCCAAGACCUUUUGGUUAAGUCCUUGAGAUGCUGUGAGGGACUCCUGCAUAUCCAAGGAGCCUUGGAGAUAUGUAUAAUCUUUGAGCUAUUUUUGUCAGAGCAUAUUGUUCAAUUCAAGAUUACCAUAUACUGUAAUAUUUCUCCAGCAGCUUUAAAGCAACCUUCCUGAGUCUUGAGUGCUACAAAAUGAAACUUGACCCCUGAAUAAGUGAGGGAAAGGGGUGACCUUUAUACUGUGACAUUUCCCAAGCCUUGGCUGUACACAACUCCAACUUUGAGCAGCCUGUGGUUUAAAAACUGGUUGAGGUUUUGUAUGGACACACAUUUACUGUGAUGGUGUCUGUUUUCAUUCAUUUGAUGGGCACAGGACUGGGGGACUUCUCCUUAGUCAUGAUAAGAGUUACAUGUGUGUCUAUGCCCACUUCGGGCCUGUCUGUCAUGCUUCCAUAUGGCCAGAUUAGAACAGGCUUGGAGCUCAGUGGAUACAAAUGGUGGGUAUGGACGAAAGGAAACGGGUUGCAGUCUGAGGCCUAGCUUGAAAAAGCAAAAUCUGACAGUCUUGCCCUUGCAGUAUAGAAAUAUCCUCUCUUCCUUUCCCAUUAAAUUGAGCAUGUUAUUAGCUUUGGAGAAUCCUGACUCAUGUUAUGCUGUCUCAGUUGUGGGAUCAAACAACAGUGCAAAUACUUGUGGGAAUACUUCAAGGCACAGCAGUGAAGUUCAACACGUGUUUGCAUUGAAAUCUUGGCUUUAGGCACUGUGGAUGUCUUUACUAAACCUGGGGAAACAUUUGAUCCAUGGAUCCACUAAAGAGAGAAACACCCAUUGACAGAUUGAAAAUUUUGUCUUUAACAUCAAAAUUCUAUUUAGCCAUGCUUUUUGAUUUACAAGUGAAUGGAUGUUUAGUCCUUGUGGAGAUAUCUGCUCCCUGUAACUUAAGCAAAGGAGCAGAUUGCCUUGAAAAGGGGUGGAGGCACUGCAAGGAUGAGCAAACGGAUGGGAGAAGUAAGGCGAGAGGCUGGCGGAGAAGGGGAUCGGGUAGGAGUCAUUUCUUUUUCUUGUGCUCUGUAUUGAAACAAGACUACUAACAGCUGCACUGCUUCUUGGGUCCUAGAUGAUUAACUUCGCAGCUUGUGUUCUCUGUCCCUCCAUUAAAUCCAUUUGUACAGGGGAGCUGAGUGAAUCCAAUGGUUUUCUUGGUUUGUUUUUGUUCUGCCUUUAGUGUGUGGCCUGUCUUUUGUGAUUGGGAAUAAAAAAGGCAUUUCUGUAGCAGGGUCAGUUGGUCAGCUGGUGGCACGCAUGGGUCAUGUGCUUCCCUCAUCUCUCUGUCAAAUGGGAUGUGCUCACCCAAUCUCCCAGAACAGAGACAUUGAACAAUUUUGUUGUUUAUAUGAUGUAUUUAUUUUUACUUGUGUUUCAUGUCAUUUUUUUAAAAAAAUAAUAAAUUGUAAGUUGGUAUAAUGCCUAUCAAUUCUUUCUCCUUUUUAAAAAAAAUAAAGUUCAAAUGUUACAAAUA